UGUAACACUUUGGGGUAUCCACCCAGUGUUAUAAACAGCUGAGUAGCAUAUUGUAUAGGUACUUUAUAGGUUAGAAAAUGGUAUGUUUGUUUUGGUAAGAUUUGGUAGUUGAAAUGUCUUCGACACGGAUGUCAUAGUGGGUCAGUCAAGAACUGAGACCUGUAGUGAUAUUUUCAACUUUACCUAUACGCUUUUAGCUAUAUUGAGUGGACAAAACUUACCGGAGCGGUAGGUCAGUAUGUGCGUUCACUCCGUUGCAUUUUGCGCAUCCAUGUCGUGUUCCUGCGUUGUGCUAGGACACAGGCACUUUGUUUGCGUUGGGAUAUAUACAUUUCACAAUUGAAAUACAUUUUAAAACAUAGAAAUACCACGUAUUAACAGUAUGAUUUCGAUAAAACCGAGCAGUUGUUUAUUUCAGCGGUAGACACUGACAGCUGUCAAUGUCAUUUGGUUUUUUUUGUCCAUGGUUCCGUAACAGACGGUCGGUCACACUUGUUGUACGACAGUAAACAUAUACUUGUGGUUCUUUUAUCUUUUUAUAAUUUCCAAUUAUUAAUAAAGUCCGUAUUAUUUGCUUCCAAAAUGAGUAACUCUUUUUAUUGUUGAUGUUUCGAAUUAUUCUGAGAGUCAAACCGGUCAGUCGUGGUAACCAUUGAAUGAGAAGGUUUUCAUUCAUCAGUUUGUCUGUGGUUUCUCGGAUUGGAAUUUUGAUAAAUCAUUGUUCGAUCGAUCUUCAAGAUGUGAAGGAUAUUAGAAAAUCUUUCGGCAAUCAAUCUUAGGGCUCGUCCCAAAAUGUGCAUAAUUUAGCGUCUUAGAGCCUACCUAAAAUGGCGGCUGCUAAUCUUUUUCCUUCAAUUUAACAUAACUUGCAAAACCUAAUGUAACGUCAACCACCUCUUCGUCUUGCCACGCGGUCUGCAGGCGCCGUCGUUGGUAUAGGAAAUAAUGGACCCGGCAUAAACCCCGGUAAGUCAUUUAAUCGCUUCAUUGCCGUAAUUUAAAUCGCGCUGUGCCUCAGUUUAAAAUAUAAUUUUUCUAUAAAACUAAACGUGUUAAAACAUAAUUUUUUUUAACCUAGAACAUUUUCUUUGUUCUUAGGGUUUUUUCCUGGACCCUGGUUUUUCCUGGACCCUGGUUUUUUUUGGACCCUGGUUCUCUAAGGCUGUGCCAUCCGGUGGCAGCGUUCUUCUUGGCAGUGUCCGUGAAGUUAAGACUUUUAUGAGAUACCUUUAGUUAAAUAUGGACCCUUUACGCUGAACAGGUAACCUGUAAUCCCUGUGAGCAAUUGCUUACUGCUAAACAUCCCCGGAGGUUGGGGCAUAACUUUUACUUUAGACAGUGUUAUGUUAGGAAGACAAAUUUUGAUAUUGUUGUCCGUAGACACAGAGAUGUCUAUGAUGUAUUUAGUGUAAAUUUCAAGAAAUAGUGGUGUCACUAAGAAGUAUUUAGUAUUACUUAUUUACUAAUAAAUAACUCGUGUUGACCGUAGCGGGUCAUAUAUAUUUAAGGAAUAAACUGUGUAUUAAAUAAAUUUGGGAUUUUCAUUUGGAUAUGUCAUGCGCUUGAUGAGGAUAGUAUCCUGGCGUCCUACCUUAAAUUUUUGGAUACCUAUUCUCACUCCAUAGUGGCCUGAACCGCGACCCUAUCUAUGAUUGUAGUUAGCCGAAGGUAUUUGUGAACUUUUCAGUAGUGAAGUUUGGUGAGUUCUGGAUCACUCCAUAGAAACACGUUUCCUUCUAUGGAAACGGUCUUUAACAAUAAUAGAAUCAGAUCUUCUCCAUAUCCAGAGCUCACCCACACCUAUUACAGUGGCAUGCCCAACGUAUGGCCUAUGGAGUAUGACAUGUCCAAGUGAAACAUUUUUGCAUUAUUUUAGUAUUAAGGUUAUUUUAUGUAAAAGGGAUUGCAAGUUAUUGUUGUAAAUUGUUGCUUGAGUUGGAGGUUAAACUUAUAAAUUUAACCAACUUAUAAAUAAAACUAUACUACGCUAAAUAAUUAGCCUUACAUAAGAGAAAUUUUCUCACUAUUUUAAAAUACUUUAAAAGGGUUAAAAUCUAAUAAAGUUUUAACUUACUUUAAAAUAUUACAAUUCAAAACUUGACACUGACUUACUUCUGAUAUUAAAUAUCAAUCUUAAAAAAUGGAUUUCCUAAAUGCGGGAUGUAAAAUCAUACAUUUACAUAAAGACGAAAUGGCACAUGAACUGGCGAUUCGCAGACUUCCGGUUAAUCCUGUAUCGCGUCGGUCCAGCUUAUGUCAUGCGUUAAAACAGACGGCAGAUUUAGCCAAAAAGGGUAGUUUGAAGUGCCAGGACUUGUUAAUAAGUAACGAAGUUGCCGAAUUGGAGCUCUGCCAACGUAAGGUAGAGGAAAUAGAUUUAGAAGUGAAAGGAGACUUAACGGCGUCGGCGAUUGAUAGACUAUCCUCGCGAUGCAAAUAUCUUUUGUGUCGUGUUUCACGGUUACCUCAGGAGACCGAAGCGGUACUUCUGUUGAAAACAUUAAUUACUUCUUUAUUAGAUCGGUUGAAUGAGCAAGGCUCUUCUGCGUCGUCUGGGUCAGAUGAUGAUUUUCAAUCUCCUAACGAAUCUCGUAUUGUUAGGGAAAUUAUUUAUAAAACGGACAAGACUUUCAACAUAAAUUCCUUGAAUUUGAAAUUCAAAGGUGACACCUGCGUUCGUACGUUUCUGUCUCGCCUCGAGGAGUUGCGAGAUGCCAGAGGAAUUUCAGAGAGUCGUAUAUAUAGGGGAUUUCCUGAAGUUCUUGAGGGUCCGGCGUUGUCGUGGUUCCGGUCGCAACGUACGAAACUUACUACAUAUAAGGAGGUCACCGCGGCUCUACAAGAGGAAUUUGACAUACCUGAUUUGGAUCACCAAUUGUUGCAGGAAAUACGGGCUAGGACUCAAGCCAAGUCCGAAACAAUUGUCUUUUUCGUAUCAACUGUGUUAGGAAUGUAUGAGCGUCUGACGAAGGAGGUUCCUGAGCAAGAGAAGCUGGAUACUAUGAUGCGGAAUAUUCGCCCAGAGUAUUCCAAGGAUUUAGCCUUACACGACAUAGAAUCGAUAGAGCAAUUGAAGUCUUUGUGUAAGCGCAUUGAAUUGGCGCAAGUCAAGGCGAAGCAGUUUCGCGAACCGAUUCUCUCAAACAAGACUAAUGAUUCUUCCUCUGACAAUCCGUCGAAGAAUGUAGAACCUCGUAAUAAGUCGUUUCAGUCUCGUUUCCCUAAUUCUUCCAGAAACUUUGUUGCUUCUGUGGCACAAAGCUCUUCUCACACGAAAUGUUUUCGAUGUGGUAGGUCCAAUCAUAACACUAAAGAGUGUAAGAGCUCUCGAGAUAUCGUUUGCUUUAAAUGCGGAGAAAAAGGGGUGAAAACUCCAGAAUGUGUUAAAUGUAACUCCAAGACAAAAAACUAAAUAGGGUCUUUUCUGCUAAUAACAAUUCUAGAUCUUCUGCUCCCUGUCGUGCAGAAAAGACAAUCUUCUUUAAUCCUCCGAAGGGAGAUGACAGGGUAUAUGCUCUCUUAAAUAUACUUAACUUGAAUUUCAAGGCGUUAUUAGAUUGUGGAGCCAGUGUUAGUUUCCUGGGCCACAACAGCCAUUUAGUAUUCGCCACCGGUGGGAUACCUAUUCAAAAACAUACUAAACCGGUUAUGGUGAAUGUAGCUGACGAUCAUCGAAUCGUAGCCACUGAAUAUAUGAUUAUACCAGUAAAUUAUAAAGGUCAAGUUAAACUUAUACAUUUUAAUAUUCAACCGGAGAUUGCUACUCCAAUGGUACUUGGUUUAAACUUUUGGAGAGCCUAUGGAUUAGCUCCUGGCCUCAUUACUGAUAUAGAAAAGACUGAUUCUCAUUAUAUUGCUAGUCUUGACGUUUUACCGUCAGAGACAGGACUUACUACAUAUGAUUCUUUAUCUUCUGAACAAAAAUCUCAACUUGAGUCUACUAAAUCUCUUUAUGAUCAAAUUGAUACGGAUAAGGUUGGUCUGGGAAAGACUCACUUAAUUGAACAUGUUAUAAAUACUGGGGAUACUCCUCCGAUAAAACAAAAAUAUUAUCGACUUAGUCCUUUUAAACAAGCUGCUUUAGCGAAAGAAGUUGAUCGUAUGCUGAGGGAAGGAAUUGUCGAACCUUCGCAUUCUCCAUGGAAUUCUCCUGUCGUUAUGGUGGAAAAACCUAAUGGAGAUUUAAGACUUUGUUUAGAUAGUAGAAAAGUAAAUGCAGUUUCAAAAUCUGAUGCGUAUCCCGUACCACACGUUCAAUAUAUACUGGACAACUUACGCGAUGCGAAAUUCCUUACAUCUCUUGAUUUAAGUGCGGCAUAUCAUCAGAUCCCUCUUAGUGAAGACUCCAAGGAGAAAACUAGUUUUACUGUACCAGGGAAGGGAUUAUUCCAUUAUAAGAGAAUGUGUUUUGGUUUAGUAGGUGCCUCUGCUACUAUGCAACGUCUCAUGGACAAUCUCUUUACUUCUCAUUUUGAUCACAAGGUUUUCUGUUAUAUUGAUGACAUAAUUAUUUGUACUUCCGAUUUUGAUGAACAUAUAAGGUUGCUCAAUGCCGUUUUUGAAAAACUAAAAUCGGCAAACUUAACUAUUAAUAUGAACAAAUCAUCCUUCUGUAGGAGUGAACUUAAAUAUCUUGGGUAUUUAGUUGAUCGAUACGGUCUGCGAACCGAUCCGUCUAAAAUUGAUGUAAUUUUAAAUUUUCCUACUCCCAAAGAUGCUAAGGAUAUUAAACGUUUUCUGGGAAUGUGCGGUUGGUACCGACGUUUCAUUAAUAAUUUCGCAAAAAUAGCUCGUCCCUUAUCUCGCUUAACGAGUAAGAAAGUAAAAUUUGAAUGGACAGAUGAAGUCAACGAUUCUUUUAACAUACUUAAAUCUGCCUUAGUGUCUUCUCCUAUUCUUAAAUGUCCCGACUUUAAUGAAUGCUUCUAUAUCCAUACGGAUGCAUCUUCCUACGCCGUAGGCGCUGUUCUGAUUCAACCUUUUAAUGGAGUCGAUCAUCCUAUUGCCUACUGCAGCCGUACACUUAACCAACCAGAGACGAACUAUUCAGCUACUGAGCGCGAACUCUUAGCUGUGAUUUAUGGUCUUGAGCAAUUUCGUGCAUAUGUAGAAGGGAGAAAAUGUUAUAUUGUAACAGAUCAUGCAUCUUUAAAAUGGUUUCAAAACUUAAAAAAUCCUACAGGACGAUUAAAUAGAUGGGCGUGUAGAUUGAGUCAAUUUAAUUUUGAAAUAAUUCACCGGAAGGGCAAAGAACAUGUCAUACCUGACUGUCUUUCUCGUAUUCACGUCAGUUCUUUAAAUUCUGCUACUAUUCAAGAUCCUUGGUAUCUUGAUCUAUAUAAAAAGGUGUAUGAAAAACCUACUCUCUUUCCCAACUUUAAAAUUGAAAAUGAUAAACUUUUCCGUUACUCUAAGAAUAAGUAUCGUCUGACAGCUCAAUUUGACUGGAAGCUGGUACUUCCUUAUGAGCACCGUAAUGAAGUCCUAAAUAAGUGUCAUGAUGAUCCUACAGCAGGUCAUUUUGGCGUGGGUAAAACUCAUUCCAAAAUAGCCGACAUAUAUUAUUGGCCUACUUUAUUUCAGGACGUGAAGGAAUACGUCGACUCUUGUGAAAUUUGUAAAACUUAUAAACCUGUUAACUUAGCUCGUCCUGGUUUAAUGGGUAAUCCACGACGUAUAUCGUCGCCAGGCGAAGCAAUAUCUUGUGAUAUUCUUGGUCCCUUUCCUCCAGCUUAUCUGAGAAAUCAGUAUCUCUUCGUAUGUGCUGAUUAUUUCAGUAAGUAUGUGACUUUGUUUCCACUACGCAACAUAACUGCUAAAGCUAUCGUUAAGUGUAUGGAAAAAGGGAUAUUCCUUAUACAUGGGGUUCCUAAAUAUAUAUUCUGCGACAAUGGUGUUCAAUUUACUUCCAAAGACUUUCGAGACUUAAUGUCCAAAUAUGAUGUCCCUCAUAUUUUCUAUAACCCUAGGUAUCAUCCUCAGACGAAUCAAACGGAACGAGUGAACCGUGAACUAGUAAGAACCAUUGCCUCAUAUGUGCGUUCUGAUCACCGUAACUGGGAUAAGAACGUAUCGGAAAUACAAUGUGCGUUGAAUACAGCUCGUCACGAAGUAACUAAAAAUACACCGUAUUUCUUAACACAUGGUCGUCAAAUGAUUCUAGAUGGUUCCCUUUAUAAUAGCGAAGGUCCCAUAGAUCAAAACGCGCUCGAAUUAGAUACCAGUGGUGCUUUUUCUGAAAGACUUAAAGAGCUCAAAACUGUAUUUCAAAAAGUGCGUAACUCGUUGAUUGCCUCCCAUGAACGUAACGCUAGGUAUUAUAACAUGAGGAAGCGUCACGUAGAACUGGAAGAAGGACAAAUCGUUUAUAAAAGAUGUUUCCCAUUGUCAAAUGCAGCAAAACAUUUUUCUGCUAAAUUAGCGCCCCGUUAUGACAAAUGUGUCAUUCAUAAAAAAUUGAGUCCUCUUGUAUACUCUUUAAAAUCCUUAGAAGGAAAACUUCUAGGUAACUUCCAUAUAAAAGACAUUGUACGUCCUGGUGAAGCCGAGCCGUCUUCCUAGCGGUACUCGUCUUAACACCAAUUGGAUACUUACACUUGAAAAUAUCCUAUGUGAUACUAAAUAUUGAACGUACCUACUAAACUGAAUGCAGCCUGGCACAAGCUGGUUUUCAUCAGACUGGGUACUUGUUCCAUGUUUUUGUUUUUAUUGGUACCGGGUGCACACGGACCAACAUUAAUCUUUCAUGUGUCCUUAUAAAGACAUAAAACUUUAAAUAAUCUGUAUAAACUGCAGAAACUUACUUUACUUAUAAACCCUAAACGGGCCUAUUACAUGAAAUAUUAUUAAUUAUUGAAAAAGGGACUACGUUCUCGCUAAACUCUAUACUGUAACUGAACUUUUGUUUGUAAUUUUAGGAAUUGUGUAAUAGCUAGAGAAUGCAGCUUGUUACAUAUUUCCACUACUGUCGAUGAUAGGCAAUUUCUUUAAUAAAGGGAAGGUUGUUAACGUUGCCGUCUUUGACGUUUUCUUUUAGGUUUAGGAAAGCGCGCACUAGGAAUAAGAAGGUUCGAACCAAAAUUAGUCAUUAGAUUUCCUUGGUCGAACUGAUCAUUCACCAAGUCAUAGGUAUAACUUUGGUUAUAAGACUUGUUUUUCUUUAUAGAUUAUCUAUGGUUUCUUAUUUACGUUUCGUAGGUUAAGGUGUUCACUUCCUAUUGGGCGUAUAUCAUUAAAAAAAAAAUUUUUUUUUUGAAAAAAAAAUUUUUUUUAACCCAACUAAAGAUGAACUGUAACACUUUGGGGUAUCCACCCAGUGUUAUAAACAGCUGAGUAGCAUAUUGUAUAGGUACUUUAUAGGUUAGAAAAUGGUAUGUUUGUUUUGGUAAGAUUUGGUAGUUGAAAUGUCUUCGACACGGAUGUCAUAGUGGGUCAGUCAAGAACUGAGACCUGUAGUGAUAUUUUCAACUUUACCUAUACGCUUUUAGCUAUAUUGAGUGGACAAAACUUACCGGAGCGGUAGGUCAGUAUGUGCGUUCACUCCGUUGCAUUUUGCGCAUCCAUGUCGUGUUCCUGCGUUGUGCUAGGACACAGGCACUUUGUUUGCGUUGGGAUAUAUACAUUUCACAAUUGAAAUACAUUUUAAAACAUAGAAAUACCACGUAUUAACAGUAUGAUUUCGAUAAAACCGAGCAGUUGUUUAUUUCAGCGGUAGACACUGACAGCUGUCAAUGUCAUUUGGUUUUUUUUGUCCAUGGUUCCGUAACAGACGGUCGGUCACACUUGUUGUACGACAGUAAACAUAUACUUGUGGUUCUUUUAUCUUUUUAUAAUUUCCAAUUAUUAAUAAAGUCCGUAUUAUUUGCUUCCAAAAUGAGUAACUCUUUUUAUUGUUGAUGUUUCGAAUUAUUCUGAGAGUCAAACCGGUCAGUCGUGGUAACCAUUGAAUGAGAAGGUUUUCAUUCAUCAGUUUGUCUGUGGUUUCUCGGAUUGGAAUUUUGAUAAAUCAUUGUUCGAUCGAUCUUCAAGAUGUGAAGGAUAUUAGAAAAUCUUUCGGCAAUCAAUCUUAGGGCUCGUCCCAAAAUGUGCAUAAUUUAGCGUCUUAGAGCCUACCUAAAAUGGCGGCUGCUAAUCUUUUUCCUUCAAUUUAACAUAACUUGCAAAACCUAAUGUAACGUCAACCACCUCUUCGUCUUGCCACGCGGUCUGCAGGCGCCGUCGUUGGUAUAGGAAAUAAUGGACCCGGCAUAAACCCCGGUAAGUCAUUUAAUCGCUUCAUUGCCGUAAUUUAAAUCGCGCUGUGCCUCAGUUUAAAAUAUAAUUUUUCUAUAAAACUAAACGUGUUAAAACAUAAUUUUUUUUAACCUAGAACAUUUUCUUUGUUCUUAGGGUUUUUUCCUGGACCCUGGUUUUUCCUGGACCCUGGUUUUUUCUGGACCCUGGUUCUCUAAGGCUGUGCCAUCCGGUGGCAGCGUUCUUCUUGGCAGUGUCCGUGAAGUUAAGACUUUUAUGAGAUACCUUUAGUUAAAUAUGGACCCUUUACGCUGAACAGGUAACCUGUAAUCCCUGUGAGCAAUUGCUUACUGCUAAACAUCCCCGGAGGUUGGGGCAUAACUUUUACUUUAGACAGUGUUAUGUUAGGAAGACAAAUUUUGAUAUUGUUGUCCGUAGACACAGAGAUGUCUAUGAUGUAUUUAGUGUAAAUUUCAAGAAAUAGUGGUGUCACUAAGAAGUAUUUAGUAUUACUUAUUUACUAAUAAAUAACUCGUGUUGACCGUAGCGGGUCAUAUAUAUUUAAGGAAUAAACUGUGUAUUAAAUAAA